AACAGAUAUUUAAAAUUAGUUUUAUCAUAGUUCUGAUUAUCCUGGGAAACUUCGAAAAUGAAGUGGAAAAUCAUUUCCACACUGACGGUGGUCUUGUUUCUGAGCACCAAGGCAAAUUGUGAUGCCGCGUUAGAUGCCAGAGCCGACCAAUUUCUGGAAGAAUACUCAAACGCAGCCGAGGAUCAGUACUUUGUAUCAGUAACAGCUUCUUGGAAUUAUUUCACUAAUUUGACGGAGUACAACAGCCAAAUAGUGCAAGAACAAUCACUCAGCGAUGCCAACUUUACUUUGACCUGGGGUCGCAAAGCGAAAGAUGAAUUUUCAGAAGCCGAUAUGAACGCUUUGAACGACUUCAGGCGUCGACAGCUUCAAGGAAUACAAACACUGGGAACAGCGAAUCUUAACGAAGCAGAUCAAAUAGAAUACAACAGCAUUACCUCGAGCAUGGACCAAACUUACAGUACUUCAUGCGCUACACUCGACGACGGAGAAUGUCAUCCACUCGACCCUGACCUCACCGAGAUCAUGCGUUCCUCACGUGAUUACUAUGAGCUGAAAGCAGCAUGGAAAGGGUGGUACGAAGCGUCCGGACGACCUAUCAAAGACGACUAUGAACGAUUUGUCGAGUUGUCCAACCAGGCCUAUGCGUCAGAUGUCGACCCUAAAUCCGGACAAAGAUAUGCGGAUACGGGAGCGUACUGGAGAUCUUGGUAUGAAACCGACAACUUUGAACAAGUACUAGACGCUCUCUGGGACGAGCUCCGACCGAUGUACAACGAACUCCACGCAUACGUCAGAAGAAAAUUGUAUAAUUUCUACGGGCCUGAUUUCAUAAACUUGAAUGGACCAAUCCCGGCUCACUUGUUCGGUAACAUGUGGGCACAGCAAUGGGGCAACAUCUACGAUUUAGCUGAACCGUACUCCGGGAAAUCAAGCGUUGAUGCAACUCCUAAUAUGCUUGCACAGGACUACACAGCAUUGAAAAUGUUUGAAGUAUCUGAAGAGUUUUUCACGUCGAUAGGACUGGAACCGAUGACAGAAAAGUUUUGGAAUUAUUCCAUGCUUGUAAAGCCUGCGGAUGGCCGACCAGUAGUUUGCCACGCAUCAGCUUGGAACUUUUAUGAUGAGGAUGAUUACAGAAUUAAGCAAUGUACCGUUGUCAACAUGGAGGACCUGAUCACGGUCCACCACGAGAUGGGCCACAUCCAGUACUACCAACAGUACAAGGAUCAGCCGGUGCCGUACAGAAGUGGAGCGAACCCAGGAUUCCAUGAAGCUGUGGGAGACACGCUGUCACUGUCAGUAAGCACACCAGCUCAUUUGCAAGAGAUUCAGCUUCUCGAUUCCGUGGACGACGAUCCUGAUGCCGAUAUCAAUUAUCUUUUGAGCCAAGCUUUGGAAAAAAUUGCGUUUCUCCCAUUCGGUUACCUCAUUGAUAAAUGGAGAUGGGGUGUCAUGGACGGUUCAACCCCGAAAAGUCAAUACCAAAGCAAGUGGGAUGAAUUAAGACUUGAAUAUCAAGGUAUCGUUCCUCCUGUGGAAAGAUCAGACGCCAUUGACUUUGAUCCAGGUGCGAAGUAUCACAUUCCAGGGAACACUCCGUAUAUUAGAUACUUUGUGAGUUUUGUCAUCCAGUUUCAAUUCUAUCAAGCAAUGUGCAACGAGGCGAACCAUCAAGGACCUUUGUACAAAUGUGAUUUCUACAAGUCAAAGGAAGCCGGCCAGAAACUCGGCGACAUGCUUAAGCUUGGAUCAAGUUUGGAAUGGCCUGAAGCGAUGUUCCAGCUGACAGGGACUCGAGAGAUGUCGACACUGCCCUUGCAAGAAUAUUUUGCACCGUUGACCGCCUGGUUGAAAGAACAGAACGAAAUGAAUGGAGACGUUUUGGGAUGGGCUGAAACGGAUUGGAGACCAAAGGGAUUCAAGGACGCUUCGGGAGCUGCUGCAUUUGUGGACACCCAGAACACUCAGGCGGAAAGUGUAUUCUAUGAUGCCGUUGUUGCUGAGUGGAAUUACAACACCAACAUUAAUGAGGAUACACAAGCACAAAGCCAAUUGAAAUCCCAAGCAAUGGCAACGUUUUACGCUGAGCAAGGAGUCGCAGCCAAACAAUAUGACGACAAAGAGGUCACUGACGACCCCACGACUGCUCGGCUGAUCAAGAAAAUGAGUGACUUAGGAACCGGGGCUUUGCCUGAAGAUAAACUGAAAGAGCUCUCCGAUGUCAACGCAGCGAUGCAGACUCAUUACAGCACAUCAACUGUUUGUGGGCUCGGCGGAUCAGACACAUGUGUCCCAUUAGACCCGGAUCUGACUGCAAUUAUGGCGACUUCCCGUAACUACAACGAUCUCCGGGAUGCCUGGUUAGGUUGGCGCGAUGCCAUAUCUGCUGGAGAAACCAGACAGAACUUUGAACGAUACGUAGAGCUGAGCAACGAAGCUGCGGUGUUAAACAACUACGACGACAUGGGAGCGUACUGGAGAUCAGCAUACGAAACACCAAACUUUGACGAACAGUUGGAAGAGGUCUGGCAGGAAGUUCUGCCUUUGUAUGAAAGUCUACAUGCGUAUGUUAGAAGGCGUCUCUACCAAAAGUACGGCGACACUGUAAUCAACCUCCGAGGCCCAAUUCCAGCUCAUAUUCUCGGCAACAUGUGGGCGCAAGACUGGGCGAAUAUUUAUGAAAUCGUCGAACCAUUCCCGGGAAAAGUAAGACCUGAUGCAACAGCAGCAAUGAUUGAGCAGGGCUGGAACGCAGACAAGAUGUUCCAGGUUGCCGACGAUUUUUUCCGAGACAUGGGAUUGAUACCUGUGCCGCAAGAAUUCUGGGAUGAAAGCAUGCUAACGAAGCCAACUGAUGGGCGAGAUGUCGUCUGCCAUGCUUCUGCAUGGGAUUUCUACAACAGGAAGGAUUUCAGAAUCAAGAUGUGCACGACCGUUAACCAAAGGGACUUCGUAACUAUUCACCACGAGUUAGGUCACAUCCAAUAUUUCUUGCAAUACAAGGAUCAACAUGUUAUGUUCAGGGAUGGUGCGAAUCCAGGAUUCCAUGAAGCUGUUGGAGACACACUAGCACUCUCUGUCAGCACUAUGGAUCAUUUGUACAAGCUAGGAUUGAUAGGGGAGCCUUCUGACGACAAAGAAACCAACAUAAACUACUUGAUGAGCCAGGCUCUAGACAAGAUCGCUUUCUUACCAUUCGGAUAUUUGAUUGACAAAUGGAGAUGGGAUGUAUUCAGUCAGGAUUCCGCAGCGAAGAAUCUAAACCAAGACUGGUGGCAAUACAGGACCAAGUACCAGGGCGUGGCUCCACCCGUGGAAAGAGCUGAAGAUGAUUUCGAUCCAGCGGCUAAAUUCCAUGUUUCGAAUAAUGUUCCUUACAUCAGGUACUUUGUGAGCUUCAUCGUGCAGUUCCAGUUCUACAAAUCCAUGUGUGACGAGGCGGGUUAUGUUGGGCCAUUGUACAAAUGUGAUUUCAACGGCAGCGUUGAGGCAGGAACGAAACUCGGCAAUAUGUUAAAUCUCGGCUCCAGUGUUACAUGGGAAGACGCUUUACGUCAAGUCACCGGUAGUUCCCAGAUGUCUUCGGCUCCUUUGAUGGAAUAUUUCGCGGAAUUGAAAGAGUUCUUAGACACGGAGAAUCAGAAAUUUAAUGAAGUCAUGGGAUGGCCUGAGUUUGGAUUUAUUCCCCCAGAAAAUACCGUUGUUCUUGAGAACGGUCGCGUCAUAGUGGAUGACGGAAACGGAGCUACAACUACGUCAUCAAAUGUAUUUGUGACGUCAUUAGCCUGUAUCAUAAUGGCACUUUUGAAAUAUAUUACUGAAUAAUGACUUCAAUUUUUUCGUGAAUUCAACAAGGAUAAUUUUUAUGCAUUUCAUUCAAUCUAAACCUCUUUUUUGCUAAUCCAGAAAAAUACAUCGAAUUUUCAGUUAUUUUUACCGCUAUCUACUAAUAUACUGGUAGUUACCAGCUCAUAUAUAUACCGUGUUUCCCCGAAAAUAGGACCUAACCUAAAUUUUAAAAAUGAUCUUAAUAUAAGCCUCCCUCUUAGAAUAAGACCUAGUCAUAAACGCGAAAUAUUUUUUGACCUAGUCCAAAGCAGGAAAUCUCUUCUACACGUUUUAAAUGAUUUAUAACCUAUUUUUGCCGUUAUUUUGAAUGAAAACGUGUUAUUUAUAAGUAAAUGGAUAUUUUUUUUUUGUAUAUUUGAAAAUCUUUCUCUACUCUACUGUAAUUUUGUUUUUGAUGAAAGAAAAUAUAAGACAUCCCCCGAAAAUAAGCCCUAGUGUCACUUUUCGGAAGAAAAUUAAAAUAAGAACCGGUCUUAUUUUCAGGGAAACAUGGUAUCAAUUAAUUUGCGUCAAUUUUAUCACUUUUUACUAGAAGUAAAAUCUUCAUUAAUCUUCUAUAGUUUGUAUUUUAACCCUGCAAACUGAGAUAGAGUUACUGAUGCGUGGCAUUCAUUUUUAAGCCUGCAAACUUAGACAGAUUUACUUGUGCGUGACAUUCAUUUCAACCCUGCAAAUUGAGAUAUAGAGUUACUGACGCGUGAAAUUCAUUUAACCCUGCAAACUGAGACAAAAUUACUGAUGCGUGACAUUUAUUUUAACUCUGCAAUUCAGAUAGAAUUACUGAUGCAUGAAAUUUAUUUUGCCAAAUUUUUUUUUAAGCAUGAUGUUUUGUAACAAUCUAUUUUUUUUUGUGUUCCAUUAUUCCACUUUCUUCAAUUAUGCAGU